CACCACCCAAACACUCCUCUUCUUUAUUCCUCUUCCUUCUCCUCCUUUAAAUUCCGCCACCUCACGCCCAUAGCUUCCAACGCAGUGCCCUCCAUGAAGAGCUCAUCAUCGAGGAACUCCGAGUCCUCAACUCAGUUUGACUCGCCUCACUCCCCUCUCCGAUACCGAUCUUCUCCGCUCUCCGAUGGCGGCGACCCCUUUCAUUCGCCGGAAAACUUCCCGGAAGGUGAGCACAGAGACAACUCCAGGGCCAUCGUGAUCCUCGAGACUUCCAUGCAAUAUGCUCAAGUCGCACCCCCCGUACCCGAAUCCGAGCACCGGAACCCGCCGGUGAAUGAGCCGCCGACGAUGACGGUUAACCGUGCUGCUACGCCGGAGACUCAGCCGGCUACGGUGGUGGGAGGCGGCGGGCAGGGGCGAUUGAGGGAGGCGCCGGCGCCCACUCCGGCCUGGCCGAAAAGGGUGGUGAUGGCGAAAAAGGUAGCAUUAGGGUUCCGACUAAGCGAGGUGGUGUUGUGUUUGAUUUCGUUUUCGGUUAUGGCUGCUGAUAAGACUCAAGGUUGGAGCGGUGACUCUUUCGAUCGCUACAAGGAAUACAGGUAUUGUUUGUCUGUGAAUGUUAUCGCAUUCGCAUACGCAGCGUUUCAAGCCUGUGAUUUGGCUUAUCAGCUAGUCACGGGGAGACAGAUAAUCAAACACCACACGCGUCAUCACUUUGAUUUCUUCAUGGAUCAGGUGCUGGCAUACCUUCUGAUAUCGGCAGCUUCAUCUGCAGCCACGAGGGUUGAUGACUGGCAAUCAAAUUGGGGAAAGGAUGACUUCACAGAGAUGGCCAGUGCUUCUAUUGCAAUGGCCUUCCUUGCUUUUAUCGCAUUUGCUAUUAGUUCACUAAUCUCUGGCUACAACCUCUGCACUCUGUACUCAUAGCAACAUUUUUACCUUAUAUACGUUUUCUUUGUAUACGUGUUACACCUUUUUCUUUUAUUCCUUUAUUCUUGCUGCUGUAGAGGAAUGCAUUUAAGAGGGCGUUGGUGCCACUGAAUUUUUUUACUGUACAGAUACUUGUAUACGUACAAUCGCAGUCUCAAAUUGGAAGGUGGAAAAGGAGAAUUUUUGUUCGCUUUAAAUUACACUCGUUUAUAUUUAAUGUUCUUGCGUGAAAAUCGUUUUACAUAUCACAGGUUCUCUUCUAAUUACUAAUUACAAGUACUGCAAAUCCAU